AUGCCGGUAUAAAACGCCGAAUAGCAGUUGCAUUAAUCAGUCGUUGCUGUAACUUCGCGAGUAAAAUACGUACUGUUUUGAACAAAUUUUCGCUCAAAUAAAAUGGCCAAGGUCCCAACCGUAAAAUUCAACAAUGGUCAAACGUUCCCAAUGUUUGGUUUGGGAACCUGGAAGUCAAAUCCUGGUGAGGUAACCCAAGCUGUGAAGGACGCCAUCGACAUCGGCUACCGCCACAUCGAUUGUGCCCAUGUUUACGGAAACGAGAAAGAAGUCGGCGAAGGAAUCAAAGCAAAAAUCGCCGAAGGCGUCGUAAAACGUGAAGACCUUUACAUCACCAGCAAACUAUGGAACACCUUCCAUCGCCCCGACCUGGUGGAACCGGCCUUGAAGACCACGCUGAAAAAUCUCGGCUUGGAUUAUCUCGACCUUUAUCUCAUCCACUGGCCGUUUGCGUUAAAGGAAGGUGGAGAACUAUUCCCAGUCGACGCCUCCAAGAAAACAGCCUACAGCGACGUCGACUACGUCGACACCUGGAAAGCCAUGGAGGCCGUGUGCAAAAAAGGCCUCACAAAAUCAAUCGGCAUUUCAAACUUUAAUAAAAAACAAAUCGAACGCUUGUUGCAACACGCGACCAUUCUCCCCGUCACGAACCAAAUCGAAUGCCAUCCGCAUUUGACCCAAGUCAAGCUUUCCGAAUUCUGCAAGUCGAAAGGGAUCGUAAUCACCGCAUACAGUCCCUUGGGAUCCCCCGACAGGCCUUGGGCCAAACCCGACGAUCCCAAACUUUUGGACGACCCAAAAAUUAAGAAAAUCGCAGAAAAGUACAAGAAAACGCCAGCGCAGGUCGUGCUGCGGUACCAGGUCCAGAGGGGACACAUCACGAUCCCCAAAUCGGUCACCAAAUCCCGGAUCCAGGAGAACUUCAACAUUUGGGACUUCGAGCUGAGCCCGCAGGACAUCCAGACCAUCAACUCGUUUGACUGUAACGGACGGAUUUGCCCAUACGCUGACGCUGUGACUCAUAAAGAUCACCCGUUCUCCCACGGAGAUGAAUACUGAUCGUUAAUUUAUUUCUGGAUUAAUUAACACAUUGUGCUAGUUAUUAAGUUUACGGCACCCUUAUUGUAUUUUUCCCAAAUAAAAUUAUUUAGUAUCG